CCCCGGCGGAACCAGAAGCGGCCCCCGACGCUCCGCCCGCCCCGGACGCUGGCGCUGGCCGACAAGGUGGCGAACCGCCGGGAGCAGGGGACAGAGGCAACGUGCAUUACGGAGAUGUCAGUGAUGAUGGCCUGCUGGAAACAGAAUGACUUCAACGACGCGCCUUGUGCCGAGGAGAUCAGGAUGUUCUACGACUGCGUGACAAAGGCAGAAAAACAACGCAAGAGUCAAAGUGAGGACACCCCGUCAUCCAGGGGAAACUUGUCUUCAAGCAAAGUGAACAAGCUGCUGAAGAGGUUUCCUCAGAUGACACGUUAUGUAUAACAUACUAUACAAAAGGGACUGUGGACAAGCAAUUAAAGCUGGGGUCUUGGUCAGAAAAGAGGAAAGUGAGGUUGAGUGAUUGUUUGAUGUCAAGUGGUGUGUGGAUCUUUACUCAGCUUUUGAUUCCAGAGCAAAAACCACCCAUCUUGAAUAUCAGCUGAUUUUGUUCAUGAGACUCUUGGGUCUUGCAGUGUGGAUUUUUGCAGUGUGUUGUUCAACUAGCCUACUUGGGUCCUCACUGUUAAAUAAAACCUUCUAGGCAUACAUGUAAAUGCAUUUCCUAACAGGGGAUGACUUCUUCACAUGCAAGCUGCUUGCCCAGCUCUGGAGCUGCUGUCAAAGUGUUUGGGCUCAAACACUGGGCCAAGUUAGAAUUGAUAGUAAUGAUGGUAGUAACUGAUGGUAUGAUGGCUCAUACUCUUACAUGGGUGUAUACACAAUCUGGUGCCUCUUGAAAGUUUUUUAAUAUCCACUGCUGUAAAAAAAGGCUGUAGAAUUUAGAAAAAAUCUACAGCUAAAUACCUUGUUAAUACAUAAUACAUUGGUAAAUAUCAAAUAUAACUUUAACAUGGAAGUUUGUGAUUUAUACCCUCCAAUUUGCAGGUGGGACAGGUAUGGUGCCACAUAAAUUUGAUUAUUUUGUCUGUACUGUAAUAAAGCAAGGCUGGUGUUUGACUUGGACAACUCAUCUACAACAAAAUGUUUCACUGUUUUUUGGUAAAAAAACUAAAAAGGGGAGAGAAAGUUCAAGCAUGGACUGAUAAUUGAAGUCAUGUAAUUAAUUUUUAGUUCUGAUUGGGGAAGUGGGGACAGUUUCCACUACAGUACCACAAAACUACAGACAGGUUCUUGGGACAGUACCUAAUUGGUGGAAAAAACGUGUGUCUUGGAGAACUAAUGUUAUAACCAUUUAUAUGAGUAAUUUUUUUUGGGUGUGUAGAAAAAGCAGAGUAAGAGGAGAGGCAGGCACACACAUACUGUGUAAUUACCAUGGAUGGCUGUAGAGUUUGCUGGAACUGAGUCCUCUGGAGCCCCAGGCUGAUACCUGUUCACCACAAAAUUUUGGUCAGGUGAAGGCUUUCAAGUUACUGAAGCAACGUUCACUUGGCUGUUAAUUAUAGCUCAUUAGUGGAUUAUCCACAGGGUAGCUUAUUCUUUUGUUGCUAUUAGGGCAUAAUUGGGUCUUUCAGAGGACUUGGGGUCAAUAAGAACACAAUAUCCACAUGUGAGUUUGGGAAAACUCAUGGUUCUGUGACAUUUUGCAUUUUCUGUCCAGAUGACACUGUGAAAAGGAAUGCUAUUUGCUGUUCCUUUGUUUUUGGAGGAUACAAGAUGAAUUGGGAGUGAGGAACUGAUUCGCC